AGAGGACCACAGACUGUUGCAAAGGAUUAUGGUCCCCCAAAAAUAUUUUUUGUUGUAUUUAUGGAAAAAGGACAGUGUGUUUCUGGAAGGCCAAGAGAUGACCAAUAAUAAAGAUUGUCAAAGACAGUUGUCCUCUUCCUUUACAGGAGAUAUAUAUAUAUAUACACUAUUUAAGCUGACACGUGACAAACGUGUUUGUGCCGUGUGUAUUUGUAGAGUAUACAAACUCUAGCAGACACUAUGCUUCCGACUUAGCUGGCAUGCUAAUUGCUGAUUGGUCAUAGGAUUGUUACUAGUUAAAACAUUUGAAAUAUAGUUUAAAAAAAUAAACUUUAAAAAACAGUUUUUAUUUAUAUAUAUAUAUAUAUAUACAAAUAUUAAUUUUAGAUUGUAUUUAAACUGGUUAUCAGAGUAUUCAUGCAUCUAUGAAAUUCAUUUCUUUUUUAUAUAAAAUGAUUUUGACAAAUAAUCAAUUGUUUCCCUUCACUCUUAAAUAGGGUUCUGUUUUCAGCAUCUUCCCAGCACCAGUCCUCAAGCCUUAGAGGAUACUGCUAUUUCCCUGAUAAUAAAUCAAUCUUUAUCAUUGAUUAGAUGCCAGCAGGGUAACGACCCCAGGCAAAUUUUGACUGUCCACAUUAAUACAGAAGAUGGAAAUGAUGCUAUCUAUAUGCCUGUUGCACAUGUGACAAACUAAAAUGUGGGAUGGAAACGUAAUGACAUGAAUCAACACCUGGAAGAAAUUUAGGAUGGUAAGAAUAAUUUAAUAUUAAGAUUCUGGAACUGAGGCAUUCUGAGACGUGUCACAGCUGACAACAGCAUUUUUCAAGUGCUUUUGAACAGCAACAAGACUAUCCUGUCCAUUGUGUACCAAGUAGGUAAGAAAUGACCGCAUUUGUUUAACCUAUAAUACGUAGUGUACAUUAUGAAUAAUUGUAUUGGCAUUGAAUGUUUAUUUUAAGUUACUGAAGACUUCUACACUAUACUUAUGUGAUCCAGAGGUUUUGGGAUGGAGAAGAUGGAGACGGCUCACACUGCACAGCAGCCCACCUUGGAUGACUCACAGAGUGAGGAGGAGGAGGAUGAUGGCUUUGUUGGGGGGACCGGAGUGCAGUCAGACAAGCGACAGAGUGGCGCGGCGUCAGAGGGUGUGGAUGAAGAGGAUGACGAUGAAGAGGCAGGACCUGCAGCCCAACCCAAGGAGAAGGAGGAGGAUUCCUUUGCCCGGAUGCUUUCUAUCUGGGGCACCACCAAGUAUAUCAGCAAGUGGAAGAUGGCCCAUCGGAGAGGCUACCACAUCAACUGCCUGACCGAUGACCCCGAACGCAAGGCCAUGAUCAUGCAGCAUGAGCUGGACUGCAAAACCAGUAUUCCCCUCCCUAUGGUGUGUAUGAUUGAGAAGGAGACCCUGCAGAUUCUACAAAAUAUUGAGAAUGACUACAAGUACAAGUUGGGCGCCAGCCAUCAUCUGACGAAAGAGCUCCAUGAGCGUAUUGAGAGCCUGAAGUGCCAGGUAUCCUCCAAGGUUAGGCACAGUGAGCCGGCCCCAGAGGGAGGAGUGCUGGCGACCCUGGUGGGGUGGGGCAGGGCGCUGUCUGCUAUGCUGGGUUGGCGCAGUGGAGCCUCAGCUACUAAAGACGAGAAUGCUCUACCCUGCAAGGAGUGUCCCCUUGAAACAGACGACACAAAAGAAUAAAGAUUUGAAUAGAAAUU